AUUGUUCGAUGUCCUUGAAAGGGGUCAGUUUUUAUUAUCCUGAUCCCUGAGAUUCUGCUUCCUACUUUUUAUGUUCUCUGUGUUUUUAAAUAUUAUUUACUUUUGAAAAUGGCUAUCAUUUUGUCUCGGUUAGUGGGUAGUCACAUUUGUCAUGUGUUCUUUGGAUGGUCGUUAUUCCACUAAUAUGGUAACAACUGGUUUUUCAAAGUUGUCACCUUGUCAAUUUCCCAGUUAAUGAAAUCCGUUUCAGCUGUCAAGGAUAAAAUGAGGUUGAUGCUCCUAUACCAUGUUUAACUGGUAUUACGUUUAUUCGAUCUAUCUUUGCUAUUUUUAUCUGAUCGUGCUAAUGUGGUAUGGCAAUUUUGGCCAACCGACAUAUGUCAGGCUCUAUGUUGUUGACAUACGUGGAGACUUAAUCAACAUGGAGCCUGGCAAAAAUAUGCGUUGUUCCAAGCUGCCAUUCUGUAUUUUGGUAAUGCGUUUGUCUGUAUGCUAAACGUACAUUUCAAUUGGACUUUGUCUGAAAAGAGGUUUCUUAGUAGUACAAGUGUUUUUUUGGUUAGUCUACCAAACCAUUGGUUUUAAAUGUGAUUGAUAUUUCCUCUGUUAUCGUCAUAUUGAAAGAAUACCGAGGUCAAGUAAUGCGUUCGCUCUUAACGAGGGGUAUUAUUUAGCUUUUAAGUUUAUCUUGUGAUAGUGCCUUACGAUUGACGAAAAUUAAUUUUGCGUUCAUCGCCUAAUCCCAUUGUGCACCAAGGGUUGUUUUCCAUUCUUGAGGAACAGGAAAACAACCAGUUUAUUCGAUAACCUUAUAAUUGGCAGUUACUGGUGUAUGGCUAUUCUUUAAAAUUCACUGACGUGAUGUUAACAAACAUGGAUCAUAGUCAAGGACCACAGACUGAAAGGCAAUACCAAACCAUAUCUAGAAAAAAUUUCUUACUUGUUCCUACAAGCGUCUACUGAGUUCUUAAGUGUAUCUAUAAGGUUUUUGUCUUUAUGUUGUACCCAAAUGAGCGUACCUCCUUCAGUAUAAUCCAGUAAUAUUUGGGCGAUACGUCAUUGUAAGGGUCUUAGCUGAACUUUCAAACUCGGGCUCCAGAUAAACCUGGAUCACUGUUUUUAAUUUUCUUAGUUGGGAAGUGUGACUACAAGUUUCAACAUACAAAAACUUGAAGUCCAUCAUGGUUAUUUCGCGAGUUCUCACAUUUUUUUUGAGUGUGUGAUUUGCAAUGUUAAACCUUACACUUGCACCAAAUAUCCAUGAAGCAUGAUUAAAUGUUUUGUUUUUAGUCUUACUACUUAAAUCGGCAGCUUAAUUUAUAACAUAAACGACGAUUUGAUGUGAUAUCCGUGUGAUAUAUUUAAAUGAAAAUAAUUUGUACGGAACUAUUAACCAGUAAUUUCUUCAUGUUGGAUAACUUAAUCGACAUCUUAUCAAUAAAUCCCUUUUCUUUGUUUUAGUAAUUCCAACUUAUUAAAUAUGCUCUAGAUUAAUCAGUCAGAUUUAACAUUUCACUUCAGCCGCACAAAGAUGGUGAAUACAAAUUUUAAUUUAUCACAUAUUUAACAUUUCACUCAUUUGUAUCAUCAAUCGCUUCAUAUGUGACUUAUCAAUUCAUUAUUAGUACCUAUUCUAUCAAACAAUAUGAUCAUUUUACGAAUUUAUAUGCAUUUAUUUAAAUUAUCAUCAUUAUUAUUAGUCUUUAUUUUAUUCGUAUCUUCUACUAAUUUGUCUAAUUCUACAAAUUCUGCUAAAAGUUUAUUGUCUAAACAAAAUAUCAUUUCGCCAGAAGAUCAUUUAAUUGAAAUUAUUUCUAAUAAUUCUAUAAACUAUGGUUGUGAUUUUAAUCAAUUACAAUUUUGUUCAUAUAAACAUUCAUCUGAUUGGAGUUUUCAAUUAAGUUUGAAAGAAUUUGCUUUAAAAAUGAAAGAAGCAGCUGAGACAGCUGCUAAAGUUGUUCAAAAUUUUCAAGAUAAUUUGUCACAAAACAAUAAUAAUAAUACCAACAAUACUAUAAAAAGUCAGGCUGAAACAUCAUCGAAUCAAUAUUUUCAAUUCCCAUCUGUUAUUAUUCCAACCACCAAUUAUUUCCCAUGUUCUACUACUACUACUAAUAAUAAUAAUAAUAAUACUACUCAAUAUUCAUAUAUGAAAUUACCAAUUCAUUGGCCUACAUAUUAUAUAAUACAUAAACCUAAUGCACCAGAAGAUGUAACUGGUACUAGUUCAAUUCAGUCACAAUUAUCAUCAAGGAUAAUCAAAAAAAAACGAUCCAUUAUUUAUUAUUCAUUAAAACAAUCUAAUAAUAAUACUGAUACAUUAAAACAAUUAUAUACAUUUUCUAAAUUAUAUCCAAUAGCUUGUUUACAAUUAAAAAUACAAUUUCUAUCUAAUGAUAAUAAUAAUAGAUUAAGUAGUCAAGUUAUUUUAAGUUUAGGUUCAAAUAAACAAACCAUUCGAAAUGUGUUUACUAUUGAUGAAUCGUUUAGAAAUGCUUAUUAUGAAGAUUAUAAUGAUGAUCGUAAGGAAAAUGUUGAGACAUCAUCAUCACUAUCAACAACAUCAUCUAGAAUAGAUUGGUCAAUAUUACGUCAAGAAAUAUCUGAUUUAGUAAAUAAUACUUUACCAUAUGAUGUAUGGAUUAAUGUUUCAAUGCCUAUAUAUCCUACUACUGAUCUUAAUACUCCUCCUCCUCUUUAUAAUCAAACUAAUCAUUAUUACAAUCAAUAUAUGGAAGACAACAAUGUUGAAACUUCUCAAAACUUUCAUGAUACACUUAUAGAACAAUCAGAUCAUUGGGUUGCUAUGGAUACUACACAAUUUUUAUCGAUUUUUACUACAAAUAAUGUAUGUAUUGAUGAUAUUACUUUAUAUACACAUCAAAAUAGACAAUUAUUGAAAUCCAAAUGUCAAAGUAAAUUGAUUUGGAUAAGUAAUAAUAAAAAACAGUCUAAUCAUUCUAUACAAAGUUUACAUUUGAAUACAUAUGGUUAUCCAAUAUUAUUGAAUAGAACUAGUUCAACAUCAUCAACUAGUGAUCCAUUGAAUACAGAGAAUAAUAAGUCCAUUCUAAAGUCAUUUCAUUCAUUCUAUUCAAAUAAAUAUUCAUUAUAUAAUCAUUUACAUAUAAUAUGGAUAACUGGUUCAUUAUUAUUAGCAAUAUUUAUAACAUUUUUAGCUAUUUUAUUUAUUAUUACAUUUAGUUUAUCAGUUAUGUGUAAUCAACGAAAAAAUAUUCAUUUAAAUAAUUUAACUACUGAUAAUAAUUUAAGUAGUCAAAAUGAAAAAUGUAAAAAAGAAUUACAUAAUCGUCGAAAAUUAUAUUCAAAUCAUCACCAUCAACAUGAUCAUCAUAAUAAAGAUCAUUGUGAUAAUGAAUUAUUAAGAAUUUUACCAGAAGAUAUACCGAAUAGUUCAUUUUUAAUAGAUUUACAUAAUCAUUUAUCAUCAUCAUCAUUACAUGGUUUAUUACAUCAUCAUCAUCAAUCUGAUAGUCAACAAUGUAAUUCUCAACAGGCUAUUACUAAUACAUUAACAAAUCAACAACAAUUUUUAGAUGAUAAUUCAACAGAACUUAGUUUAUGUAUGCAAGAUGAUAAAAAUGAGUUACUUCAUUCAAUUGAUAGACAAAAUAUUGACCAUUCAGAUGUAUCUGCAACAAGUGCUAUACAAUUAUUACGUAAUUGGAAGUUUUAUAAACAACGUAGUACAACACCAUCUAAUAGUUAUUAUUAUCCACCUCCUGGUUCUUCUUCUUUCCAUAAUAAUCCUAAUUAUGGCAUCAAACAUAAUCCUACAAAACAGUUAGGUGUAAAACAUAACCCUUCAAAUACAUCUAUGCUACUCUAUAUGGAUCAUCAUCCAUUAUUUAGUAAAGGUUAUACUACUAGUUCUAGCAAUGUUGCCAGUGGUAAUCCUACUACUUCAAAUUUCAAUGAUAAAUGUCAAGAAUCAAGAAUUAGUUCAUCUCAUUUAAAACGUAUGCCAGAAGUACGUCAAUCAUUAAUUUUAUCCGUUAACGACAACAAUGAAUUAAUUAUAUUGCCAUCGUCAACUACUACUACUACUAUGAAUCAUAAUGAACAACAGAAUGGAAGUAUAGAAAAUAAUAAUACAUUAGGUAUGUUAAAUAGUUUAUCUGAAGAAGAUGCUGAAGCAACACGUUUAGAAAUGGCCGCAUCAGUUGGUGCAUUAGAUAAUCAAUAUUCACCUAAUGAUAAUACAUUAGAUCAUAUAGAUUAUACAUUAUCAUCAACUAUACCCCGUUCACUGAUUAUUAAUGGUGAACAACCACCACCUAGUUACAAUUCAUCCUCUUAAAAUAAAAAAAACACAACUUAAAUUCUAGAUAUUUUUUGUUUCCCUAAAAUUAGCAUUUUUAGCUUAUUGUUCCCCCCCUCUUUUAUAAUGAUUAUUUUAAAAAAACAUUUAGUUCCGCCCCUACCCCUCGUAAUGGGACCAAAAAUGAAUUCCAUCUUAUGUUUUUCUUCUUGAUCAACUUAGUAACUGUUUACAGUAUUGAAAUAUAAUUGAAGGAACAAAAAGAGAAUAUUAUUUUAUAGAAUGUAAAUAUAAGUAAAGUCAAUAUAUCAUCUCAUCACUAACAAGUUAUGUAAUCACAAUGGUCAGCGUUUUUUUUAGCCAGUUGGUUUUCUGCGGGAUGGGGUCGUUAACCCCAUACCCAACCCUCCUUCUUUACCCGGGCUUGGAACCGGCAGUAGCUCUCGGAGGAGCUACAGGUGGAGUUAUGUAAUCACCAUGAUAAUGUCGAAAUGUUCUUCAUUAUUUCCUUAGGUAAGAUUAGUUAUUUGAUAUUUUGUUGUUGUUGUUAAAGUUCCUUCAUAUGAUAUACAUGAACAUAAAACUUCAACUUAAAUUCAUUGAGAAAAAAGAGAUCCAUUCGCAGAACUUCGUGUUUUUUUUAACUUCCUGGAGUUAGUUUAUAUUUCUUUUCAAAAAAUGGUCCCAAAAUAAAUGCUCGAUGUUAUCCAUGAGAAUAGUUGUUCUUUAUUCUGUUUGUUUGUUUACCUUUUCUUUUUUACUGAUUAGGAUUUUAAAAUUUUGUUUUUAUAUCUGUAUGAUGCAAUUCUCGUUUUUAUAAAAAAAGUUCUCCUUUCAAUGUUAAUCAAGAAGAAAACAGUUAAAAUUUCUAUCGGCUUAAAUACUAGAUACACACAAUCUUUCAUGGCGCCAGUUGGUAUCUAUCAUCUCUAUGGGUGUGUGAGUCUACAAGUAUUUAUCUUACAGCUAAAGUUUUAUUGUUUUUAUAUAUAGAACUAUAUAGGAUUACAUAUUUAUUCCUUGAUUUGUAUUGCUUUUUGGCUUAGGCAAAUGUGUUUUUCUUUAAAUUGAAAUAUUUAUAUAGUUGUUGAGCUGAUGCCCACAAACACACACACACGUACAUACAUUAAUACAAACAGGCUUAUUAAUUUCUUUUUAAUCACUACGGCGAGAUUGGGGGAAGAAGUUACAUUUAUAAAUCUGCUAGUUUAAUUUAUAUCUGUUUAUUUACAUUUUCUUUUUUUGUUGAAAAAUAUCGAUGUAGUUUAAUUUAUUCAACUCCCCCCUACCCUUUUUAGAAAAACAACAACAUUGAAGCGAGUAAACUUUGAAUUAAUUAAGCGAAGAGUUGUUGUUACUGUUAAUUUAUUUAUUCUUUGGAGUUUUGUUUUUCUUUUUAAAUAACUGAUCAUUGAAUAUUCAAUGGAAUUCUUGAUUUCUAUCCCCUAUUUGUAAAUAAUGAUGUAAUUAUAUAUUAUAUAAUUCAGUCAGAAUAAGACGUUUUUUUUGA